AUGGAGCUCCGACGCGCUUUGCCCCAGGAUUUCCGAGAGCUGCUGCACUGCUUGAAGAUGAGGAGCAAGUAUGCCAUCCUGCUGGUCUUUGUCGUGGGGAUUGUCAUCAUCGAGAAGGAAAACAACUUCAUCUCCAGGGUGUCGGACAAGCUGAAGCAGUCCCCGCAGAUGCUGGCAGAGGCCAACGGCACAGAGGCCAGCCCAGCGCCGGCUGAGAAUGGCUCGCUGCUGAGGUCCCACCUGCCCAACCUCCCCCUGCAGCUGGAGGGCGACGAGGACCCUGGGCCACGGAGGCACGUCCUGCUGAUGGCCACCACGCGCACGGGCUCCUCCUUCGUCGGGGAGUUCUUCAACCAGCAAGGCAGCAUCUUCUACCUCUUUGAGCCCCUCUGGCACAUCGAGAGGAGCGAGCCGGGGGGAGCCAACGCGGUGGGCUCAGCCCUGGUCUACCGGGACGUCCUCAAGCAGCUCCUCCUCUGUGACCUCUACAUCUUGGAGAGCUUCAUCUCGCCGGCACCCGAAGGCCACCUGACUCCUUUCAUGUUUCGGCGCGGCUCAAGCCGCUCGCCAUGCGAGGAGCCCAUC